UCAAAAAUUGAAUUGUUGAUAUCAAGAAUUCUCCUGAGAAUAAAAGUCAAAACGGCUUGCCAUAAAACAUCAAUGGAACUACAUGAUAUUAUGUAUUAUUUACCUAAGAACAUUGGUUAGAUAUGUUUAAUAUUAACAGGAUGGAGGGGAAUUAAGGAAAACAGGAACUGGAUUGUUCAUAGUGUGAAAACGGGAAAAAACAUAGAAUUUAUUUUAUCAUUAUAGCUCCUUUACUGAACAUCAUUCUUACAUGAGUGAAGACUUUCAUUGUUUGAUGGAUUAAAUGAAAUCAGCAUGCUUUUUAGUGCGUCUGAUGGAGCUGACACAAAUUAAGUUAUGAAGUGAAUAAAUGUUAAUAUUUAGAAAAAAUAUUUUCAUGAAAACCUACCACAUAUGGUUCAUUAUCUGAGACCAGUGAUUGGGAGAUCAGUGUUGGCUUGGGGGUAAUGCAUUAAUUUGAGUAACAUAAUCAGAUGACUUUUUUUCAAGCAGCUAACUAGUAAAGCAGCUAACAGCUAACUAGUAAAGUAACACAUUACUUUUAAAUUUACAACAAAAUAUAUGAGUUACUUUUUCAAAUUUAUUGACUGAAAGGCAGCUCUCCCAGUGUUGAUAGGAAUCGGGAGUAGCCUAAGUGGGUGUUGUGUGCUGUGUAAUGGUUACUGUAAUUUUAAAAUAAAUUUGAGCAGACAUUUACUCAUCUCACUUGCAAAAACAACAAAACAAAAGACAGAUUCAAUAUUACUCAAAUUUGAUGAAGAAUCUUCUUUGAUGAAGAUCACAAUUUUAUGACAAAUUAAUGCAGUCUUUUUUCUUUUUUUUUUGCUAUUUAUGCAAAGGUAAUAUAAAGUUAUAUAGUUUUAUAAAUGUACAUCCCUUUAAAAAAAAGAAAAAUAUAAAAAAACAUUGCUGGAUUUACAUUGCUGAUGACGGUUAAAACGCGUCAUCACAGUCUGUGAAAAGGUCAAUUUAUGUGUUCUGUACGUAGCAUUCAAUAAAAAUUAAAUAACAACAAAGUAUAUAUUUCUGCUGUUUGCCAAAGGCAGUAUAUUGUACAUUUAGUAAGAAAUGUGUUCAGCAUUAUGCGUCAAAAAAAAAAAAAAAAAAAAAAAAAAAAACAUAUUGCGCCAUUUUGUGAUGGCUUAGUUGGCGGUCUUUCUAGGAGUGCUGGAGCGAGCUGCGGUGACAACUGCGAUCCUGAAUAGCUGGCAGGUAUUCUUCUAUAUACCAUGGUGUCCUCAUUCAGUGUUGUGGAAUUUGUGGAUGAAGUUGACCCUGAUGGCUGCAAGAAAAUGGACAUCAUUCCAAUAGAGUGGUUCAAGGGCACAGACAGAAAAGUAUGCUGGUGGCCACCAGCCUCACUGGUCAAUGUAACCAAGGCAGUGAAGGAGCACACUCCACCAGCCAGCAACUGGAUUGUGUGUAAUGUGCGUGCAAUGGGAAAUGCAGCCACUUAUGCUGAAGCCAGGGUUAAACUCCACCAAGCUGAAUAUUCAUCAGACUUGACAGACACAGAAAAUAUCUCAAGAAAAAGAAGGCCAAGUGCAAAACUUCUCCAGAGUCAACUGAGCACCCAACUGGAAUCAAGUGAGCAUUCAGAUUCUUCGGAGGAGCUUCCACCCACUCCACCAAGUCAACACCUUUGGCCAGCAGUGAAGGAAGUGAGCAACUACUUUCAAAAUCCCAUAGCCCGAGGAGUUACCAGCCCCACAGCCCGAGGAGUUACCAGCCCCACUGCUACAAUUACCAGCCCCACAGCCCAAGGAGUUACCAGCCCCACAGCCCGAGGAGUUACCAGCCCCACAGCCCGAGGAGUUACCAGCCCCACAGCCCGAGGAUUUACCAGCCCCAUAGCCGAAGGAGUUACCAGCCCCACAGCCCGAGGAGUUACCAGCCCCACAGCCCGAGGAGUUACCAGCCCCACAGCCCGAGGAGUUACCAGCCCCACAGCCGAAGGAGUUACCAGCCCCACAGCCCGAGGAGUUACCAGCCCCACAGCCCGAGGAGUUACCAGCCCCACAGCCGAAGGAGUUACCAGCCCCACAGCCCGAGGAGUUACCAGCCCCACAGCCCAAGGAGUUGCCAGCCCCACUUGUGAAGCCAUGUUCACUAAACUUCUAACAGUUUUAGAAGAAGUGAAGGAGACACAACGUGUUCAUGGUAAGAUGUUGAAUGCCCUGCUGAAAAAGCAAGACGGAUCGGUACUAGAGGUUCCUGAAGGAGUGGUCUUACCUCUGAAAACCCAGGCUGACCUUGAGGCUCUUGAUCAGAAGCUGGGGGAUCGUAGUGUCAUGUCCGCUGUUGUUACCAUGGUGGCAGAUGUUGGUGGCACAAGUAUAGACGAUGCAACAAGAAGAAUGAUGAAAUACAUCUUGUCAAAUGAGCUGGCAUUGGAGUACAAUUUGUUUGGCCGUCAUGGGAAAAAAAAGUUUAAAGAUUUGUGUCUUUUCAACGUUGUGUAUGAGGCUCUUAAGAACAACCCCCUGACGUCCAAGGUUAACUUGCAAGAAGCGGAGAGGGCACUGUCGAAGUGGUUUACUGGAGCAAGAGACAGAGGAGGACAGAGGGCAGCGAGAAUGCACCAAAAGUUGGCUGUAGCUUAAAGGGAUAGUUCACCCAAAAAUGAAGAUUCUGUCAUAAUUUACUCCACAUCAAGUUAUUCCAAACCUGUAUAAAUUUCUUUGUUCUGCUGUACAGAAAUGAAGAUGUUUAGUAAAUGAUGACAAAAGUAAAUGAUAGCAAAUGAUGACAGAAUUUUCAUUUUUGGUGAACUAUCCCUUUAUGGUUGAGUUAUAACAUUAUUUUAAGUUGCUGCUUCUGUUGUAGUUCUUGUAUUGAAGUACUUUAUUAUAGUUGUAGUUUUCUGCCAUUAAAUAAAACUGAAAUUGAAAGGA